AACCCUAGCCAAUUUAACAUACUCAGUCAAAUCACACAAAGUGAAGAAGAGAGUGAAAUCACACAAAGUGGAGAAGAGGGGAAAACAGAGUAUAUUUAAUCAAUGGUGAAGAAUUACUUGAGGUACGAGCCGGCGCUGUCGUUUGGAGUGAUAACAUCAGGAGUUAUUGAGUAUGACAGGUCAGGGAAACACUUGCUAGCUGCAGCUUUAGAGAAAAUAUGUUUAUGGCAUGUGAGGCAAGGUGUUUGUACCAAAAUCCUAGCUCCAUCUAACUCGAAAAAAGGACCUUUCCUUGCAGUUACAGCAAUUGCUUCCUCUUCUACAUCAUCCCAUAUAGCAAGUGGUUAUGCUGAAGGAAGCAUUAGAAUCUGGGAUUCCGAGAAAGGGAUAUGUGAAACCACACUGAAUGGGCAUAAAGGGGCUGUGACGGCCCUUCGAUACAAUAAGCUUGGAUCAUUACUAGCAUCUGGAAGCAAAGAUAAUGACGUUAUUUUAUGGGAUGUGGUGGGUGAGACUGGCCUGUUUCGCCUUCGGGGACAUCGUGAUCAGGUUACUGAUCUCGUUUUCUUAGAUUCUGGCAAAAAACUGGUAACGGCUUCUAAGGACAAAUUUUUAAGGGUAUGGGAUCUUGAUACUCAACAUUGCAUGCAGAUUAUAAUUGGCCACCAUACUGAAAUUUGGUCCAUAGAUAUUGACCCUGAGGAAAGAUAUCUAGUCACUGGUUCUGCUGACCCCGAUCUUCGCUUUUACACUAUAAAUAAGGACUUGCCUACAGAAAACAAAUGGGAAGUACUGAAGUCAUUUGGUGAAAUUCAACGCCAAAGCAAGGAUAGAGUUGCAACAGUGAGGUUUAACAAGUCUGGAAACCUGCUGGCUUGUCAAGUUGCAGGGAAGAUAGUGGAAAUAUUCCGAGUGCUGGACGAGUCUGAAUCUAAACACAAAGCGAAAAGAAGAGUCAGUAGAAAGAAGCAGAAGAAAGCUGCCAAAGAAGGCCUCGAGGCAACAGAAAAAGGAGAGGCAGAUAUUGGAGCUGAAGGAGGCAGCAAUCCUGUUGUUACAGUUCUGGAUAUCUUCAAGCUUCAUCAAACUCUACGGGCUGGAAAGAAGAUCUCCUCAAUUUCUUUCUCCCCAGUAACUUCAAAGAAUUCACUGGCUACCUUAGCAUUGUCGUUGAACAAUAAUUUAUUGGAAUUUCAUGCUAUAGAAAGCAGUUCAACUACUAAAUUGAAUGCUAUUGAGCUUCUGGGGCAUCGUGCUGUUGUCAGAAGUGUUACUCUCAGCUCAGAUAACACUCUUUUGAUGUCGACUAGUCACAGUGCAAUUAAAAUAUGGAACCCUACGACUGGUUCUUGCCUCCACACAAUUGAUUCAGGAUACGGUCUCUGUGGACUAUUUCUUCGAGGUAACAAGUAUGCGGUUGUUGGUACAAAAGGUGGGACCCUGGAAUUUAUUGAUGUUAGAAGCGGUACUUGUGUGGAAGUAGUGGAAGCCCAUGGCGGUGCUGUUCAGUCAAUUGCUUUAAUUCCAGAUGAAACAGGUUUUCUCACCAGUUUAACUCCAGAUGGAACAGGUUUUCUCACCAGCAGUGCCGAUCACGACAUUAAACUCUGGGAAUGUCAAACGGUGCAAAAGGCUGGUAAAGGGUCUAAGCAUUUAACUGUUUCUCCUACAAGGAGCUUAAAAAUGCAUGAUGAUGUUCUAGUGGUUGCUGCGAGCCCUGAUGGUAAAUUUAUUGCUGCUGCCUUGUUGGAUAACAUAGUAAAGGUCUACUAUAUGGAUUCACUCAAGUUAUUUAUUUCACUCUACGGCCACAACCUGCCUGUAUUGUGUAUGGAUAUUUCUUCAGAUGGGGAUCUGCUUGUCAGUGGCUCUGCAGACAAAAAUGUGAAGAUUUGGGGUCUAGACUUCGGGGAUUGUCAUAAGUCACUUUUUGCGCAUGCUGAUAGUGUUACGGGAGUUAAGUUUGUGCCCAACACCCAUUACUUUUUUACUGUGGGGAGAGAUCGCUUGGUGAAGUACUGGGAUGCUGACAAGUUUGAGUUGCUUUUAAACCUUGAAGGUCACCAUGCUGAAGUUUGCUGUCUUGCUAUGAGCAACCUUGGUGAUUUUAUUGUCACAGGAUCUCAUGAUCGGUCCAUACGUCGUUGGGAUCGUAUUGAAGAAUUUUUUUUUCUUGAGGAAGAGAAAGAGAAGAGAUUGGAAGAGAUGUUUGAAUCAGACAUUGACAAUGGAUUUGAGAAUAAGUAUGGACCAAAGGAAGAACUUCCAGAGGAGGGAGCUGUGGCAUUAGUGGGGAAAAAGACUCAAGAAACUCUUACUGCUACAGAUUCUAUCAUAGAAGCACUGGACAUGGCACAUGCAGAGCGGAAGCGAAUUGCUGAACAUCAGGAGGAUAAAUCAAAGGGCAGAGUUUCAGAAUUUAGGCCGAAUAUUCUCAUGCUUGGGCUUUCUCCGUCUGAUUAUCUUCUUCGUACAUUAUCUAGUGUUCAUACUAAUGAUCUGGAGCAAGCUUUCCUGCCUUUACCCUUUUCUGAUGCUUUGGAGCUCAUGUCAUACCUGGAGAAUUGGGCCUCUAUACCAGAUAAGGUGGAGCUUGUUAUUAGGAUAGCAACACUGCUAUCGCAACUUUAUCACCACCAACUGGUUUCAACUGUCUCUGCUAGACCCCUCUUGACCAAACUAAAAGACAUUCGUGCAAAAGUUAAGGAACGCAAAGAUAUCCUCGGUGUCAACUCUGCUGCAAUGGAUCAUCAUCGCACGCAAUUGAUGUCUUCACGGUCGGAUGCUCCAUUUGGAAAUGCAAUGACUAAAUUAUGGGAGAUACGCUCAUGCAACACAAAAGGUAUUGAAGCAAGGGCAGACACAAGACAAGAAAAGAAGAGAAAGAAGAAACAGAAGAAGAUUGACGGAGGACAUGUUUGGUCAUAACUUAUUAUAACCUCAACUAAACUUGUAUUUAAAAUUUGUAUCUAAUUUUGGUUGUUGAGUUGUAAAGACUUUUGUAGCCCUAACUAUGAAUCGCAGCUGUGAUGGUGUUGAAUUCUUAAAUGACAAGAGCUUUGUACUGAUAAUAGAACAUUCAAAUGGUAAGGUUUAGAAGAGAAAUUUGGAUUCUCAGCAGCCACCUGUGAUUUUUGAAGUCCAUUACAUGUUCUCGUUUCAUAAUUGUGAAAAACUUCUAGUUUAUUUUCUGAGAUUCUGUGAUUUCCAAUUA